ACUACUUCCGUCAGGUGCGCGAUGAAGCGGAACAAUAUAUCAUGGAGUCUAGCAUGACUGUGUUUUGGUGUGUGGUGUGAUUUUGUCGACCAGGGCUGUGUCCCUUACGUCCAGACUGCAUGCACGGGACUCAGGAGGAUGGGGAGCGCAUCUUCCAAGUUCCGCAAGCAUCUCCAGAAUGGGGACGAGGUGAUGGCCUUGCAGCUGUAUGGGAACAACAGUGACCUGCGCAAGGCUCUCGACCCCAACUGUUCCUAUGGAGACUCCCACCAGCAUGAGACUCCAUUGCACUACGCUGCCCGGCAUGGCAUGAAGGGAUUACUAAGAAUAUUUUUGGAACGAGGCGGAAAUCCCAAUAAGACCAAUGGCAAGAAGGAGACCUCCCUCCACUGUGUGUGCAUGGAGAAGAGCACCCAGUUCUAUGUGCGACAGCGGAGAGCAGACAGUCUGCUACUUAUUCUUAAGUGGCGAGGGGCGACCCUACAGGAAGGAGAGAUGGAGAAAGCUGACCUUGCCGCCCAAGAUGAGAAGAAGAACACGUCCCUUCACUAUGCUGCAGCAUCUGGUCUCAAGAAAUGUGUAGAGUGGCUGGUUCAUCAUGGUGCUCCUCUGUUCGUUGAAAAUGAUGACAAUUUGACCCCAUGUGACUUGGCAGAGAAAAACGGACACUCAGACAUUGCUCUCUAUCUGGAAUCAAAGAUGGUAUUUUCGACUGAUGGUGUGCCUGAAGAGGAAGAAGAUGAUUUCACCUUGUCACCAAUUGAGGAGUACUCCGGUCUGCGGGCUCAGGACUUGCAGGAAGCUAAGGAUCAGUUGCUGGUGGAGACGGCUGACAUGUUGAGUGUGCCGCUCUUCACAGCAGAGGCCCUGCUCAGGAACCAUGAAUGGUCACGGGAAGCGUUGCUUGAAUCAUGGAUGACCGAUGCUUUCGCUUGCUGUGAGCGAUGCGGAGUUACCCCCCCUGCCACACUGUUCAGUGAGAAGCCCCAAGUUCAGGAACAUCUAGCAAGUCCUCUGCCAAGUCCCAGCAAGUCGGAGCCAGCCAGUCCUGAUACUGAGUGUGAAAUUUGUGCCUGUACUUUUCCCAUUUCUGAUGAACCAGUCCACAUGACGUGUGACCACGACUUUUGCCGAGAAUGCUGGGAAAGAUACCUGAACUUGAAGAUCCAAGAGGGCGACGCCCACCACAUUACCUGCCCAGCAUUUGACUGCACCAUGCUGGUACCUGUAGAUGUGAUAGAGAGUGUUGUGUCCAGAGACAUGGCCCUCAGGUACCUGCAGUUUGAUAUCAAGGCAUUCGUGGACAGCAAUCCGGACAUGAAAUGGUGCCCUUAUCCUGGUUGUGGCCGAGCAGUCAAACUGCCAGACUUGGACAACCAGGCCGCGUCAUCGUCGUCAUCAGGCCCCCAGGGGCGGAUCAAGAUCCCAAGUGACACCUCCCGGGGGGUGGACUGUGGGGCAGGGCAUUACUUCUGUUGGGAGUGUUUGGAGGAUGCCCAUGAACCCUGUAGCUGUGAUAACUGGAAGAAGUGGGCCUUGAAGGUGUCGGAGGUGAAGCCUGAGCAGUGUAAGAAUGCUCCAGGGAAUUCAGUAAAUGGUACGGAGGAGGAGACUGAGACAGCAGCCAACUGCCUGUGGCUGGUGACCAACUCCAAACCCUGCCCCAACUGUAAGUCUCCUAUACAGAAGAAUGAGGGCUGUAACCACAUGAAGUGUUCAAAGUGCAAGCAUGACUUCUGCUGGGUAUGCCUGGAGCAGUGGAAGCGCCACAACUCCAGCACUGGGGGGUAUUUCAAGUGUAAUAGGUACGAAGCCGUGAAGAAAGUGGAGGAGAAGACAGCCCAACUGGUCACAGAGGCUGAGGAGAAGAACACUAAACUACAAGAACUAAAUCGUUUUGUUCACUACUACACAAGAUUCAAGAACCAUGAAAACAGUUACAAGCUUGAAGAACCCCUGUUAAAGACAGCGAAGAAUAAGAUGAUGAAAUUAGCCCAGGCAGUGACUGAUACAGCUACUGCUAACACUGAGACAAAGUUUGUGGAGGAUGCAGUACACCAGCUGCUCAAGGCCAGACUGGUGCUCAAGUGCUCCUAUGUGUAUGGCUACUACUUGGACGGGCCUGGCUAUAAAAAGAUUGUGUUUGAGUUCAUGCAGACUGAGUUGGAGGAGGGUAUUGAGAUUCUUUCCCAGAUGGUGAAUCGUCUGUAUCUGCGCACUCCACGGAAGAAGAUCAUAGACCAGGCACAUAUUGUUCAGCGUAAACGACUUGAGUUCAUCACCGCCAUUUCAAUGGGUCUGGUGCCUCCCGAGACUCCGCCAUCAAUGAGGAAGAAGAAGAGGAAGAAAUACAGCAUGGAAACAGAGGAUGAGGACCUCCGCAAGGCCAUACUAGCCUCCAUACAAGAAGUGGAUCCAGCAAACCCCUGGAUCAAGGACGCUUCAGGCCGACACACCAAUGUCAUGGCCUACCUGGAGUGGCCAGCGGAGGACAGCGAUGAUUCCGACACUGACAUUUCUGUCUCGGCCCUCAGAACAUAUGGCAAAUGUUGUCGACCUGGCUGCAGCCGGCCCCGCGCCCCCAACCCCCGCACUGGGGACAUCCACGACUACUGCAGUCUGAGCUGUCUGAGGCGGGACCAGGAGGAAAAGGUGGAGCAGGAACACCAGGAUGACAUUCCGGAGGUGAUCCUUGAUGAACACAUGGAUCUGCUUCGAGCUCUGGAGAUGUCCCGGCUCCAGUACCUGAGGGAGAGCGGACUCAUUCAUGUGCCGGACACAGAGGAUCACCUUGACCAGCAUAUGGAGAGACUGACCUACAAGAAGUCCCCUGUAGACACCGGUCGACCCCGCUCCAACUCUGAGUCCAUGCCCAAGAAGAAGGGUCUGACCCCUAUGGAGGAGCUGGACCAGGAGCUGCAGAGGGUGCUGGAAAUAUCAUCAACCAUACCUAAAGAGAGUGACUCCGAUGGUGUCCUCAAGGUGGAUGUUCAGAAGGGAGACGGUAAGAUUGGACUGCACAAACGGAAAUGUAGCCAGUCUCAUUUUGACGAGACCACCUCGACGCUUGUCCCGAGGGUGCCUAACAAGAGCGUGGAGGACUUGUAUAGAGGCGAUGGCACAUGGCUCACCAGCCCGCACACUCCGACCUGUGCUUGUGAUAAGUGUGUUGAGAGCCUGGGUGCUUAUGCUGCCCCAGACAACCCUAGAGGAUUCAGUCUUCUCAGCCUUGAAAGCAAUACUUUCGGUGCAAUCAAGGAUCUUUCAGUGUCCAAUAUCCAUGCUACAGAUGAUGAUAAAACCAAAGACUUUCUAUCAAAAGAUUUUGCUGCCCUGUUUCAAAAACAGGAUGGCAGGGCUGCUUGUUCUCAAUCACAAGGUAAUGGUGGCAAGCUUUUUGCAGCGAACACACCUUCUGAAGAUGAUUGCUCUUAUGUGCUGAACAGCCCGUCAUCAGAAAAAUCUGCCUUAUCUACCCAGUUGUGGCGCCCCCGGGCUGCCAUACAAUCAAUAUCAAGUGAUCAGAUUACACCAGUGGAUUACGAAGCUGAUCAUUUAGCACUGAAGACCCCAUCAGACACGUACAGUCAUACAGACGAAAGCAAAGACACACCCGUCUCACCACCAGAAGAUCUGUUCACUGAGGCUGACAUUCAUUCUAACCUGGCUUCAGAACUGGAUGAGAUCAUAGCUUCGGGGUUUGAUGACUUGGUUAAGUCUCCAUCCGAGGCAGAACUGUUAGGUAAUAAGGUGGACCUACCGGAACUCAGCGAGGCGGAUAUUGAGAUUGCAUUGAGUGAGGUGUGCCAGGUGCCGGAAGUGACGCCAGACACCAGUUACGGAGACUCUGGCCAUGUGUCCUUGCUAGAGAUGGCCGAGAACCUGCUUCAGAUGUCGGAAGACAUGCACAUGCAGAUCGAGGACAUUGAUAGGAUGUAUGAGGGUGACAGCAGCGGGGUGGGGGGCGACGAGGAUACGCAUGGGGAGGGUGCAAUGGAGGGAGCAGUGGGGAGGGAGGAUGUAGGGAGCACUGCCCCUGGGGUAGAGACAGACGAAGGUCGGAUGGACCAGGCUGAUGUGUGUUCAGGCAGUGUUGGUUGUCUUGGUGAUGUGAGUGAUGUGCAAGAGGAUUUGUCUGUGACAUCUGGUGACCUUGAAGCUGCUGGUGGCAGCGCUGAUGAUACCGGGAUUGUGAUUGUUGACUCUGUAGUGGAGGAGAAGAAGGAGGAACCAGUUAAGAGGAAGAGUAAGAAGAAGAGGAGGGAGAGACAGUCUUUCUAUGUGUGACGAGGAGUUGGAUCUUGGAUGGAGAUCAGUGAUCAGGAUAUGUUUCUUUGAUAUUUCAAAAGCAAAUACAUGUAAUAAUCAAUGACCGAGAAGUGAUAAACAGACUGAUGGUGUCACGUUGUUAUGAUCAUUUUAUGUACAGGAGUCACUUCAUAUUCUUCACAAAAUAUCUCACUGAACAUGAUUUCCUAGAUACUUUUGCAAACUAGGAUACAAGUGUAAUGUUUAAAUGCAUCCAAAUGAGCUUGUCACACAUAUUUAUCUGGUUUUCUUUUUUGUAUGAUCCCGUUUGACAAUGUUUGAAAAAUCAAAAUGAUUUUAUUCAGGAAGAGCUGUAUUUAUUGUCAUAUACUACUAGAAAAAGUUAA